UGAAGGUGAAUGGCCCAACCAGAAUGAGAAAAGGAAAGAAAAAAAUGCUAAACGGGGAGGAGGAAGUCGCUUUGAGCCAUAUGCCAGCCCUUCGAAAAGAUACCGAGCCUUCAUUACCAACAUCCCCUUUGAUGUGAAGUGGCAGUACCUGAAGGACCUGGUCAAAGAGAAAGUUGGUGAGGUAACAUACGUGGAGCUCUUAAUGGACGCUGAAGGAAAGUCAAGGGGCUGCGCUGUUGUUGAAUUCAAGAUGGAAGAGAGCAUGAAAAAAGCUGUGGAGGUGCUCAACAAGCACAGCCUCAGUGGAAGACCCCUGAAGGUGAAGGAGGAUCCUGAUGGCGAGCACGUCCGAAGAGCUGUACAGAAGGCCAUGGCAGCCUCUGGGAGUGGGAUGGGCAUUAGCCCUGGCCCUGGGGGCCCUGGGAUGAUUAACAUCCCGCCCAGCAUUCUCAAUAACCCCAAUAUCCCUAACGAGAUCAUUCAUGCCCUGCAGGCCGGCAGGCUGGGCAGUACCGUCUUUGUGGCCAAUCUGGAUUACAAGGUGGGCUGGAAGAAGCUGAAGGAGGUGUUUGGCAUGGCUGGUGUCGUCGUCCGUGCAGACAUUCUGGAAGACAAAGAUGGAAAGAGUCGUGGGAUUGGCACAGUCACUUUUGAGCAAGCGAUUGAAGCUGUCCAGGCGAUCUCCAUGUUCAACGGGCAGCUGCUCUUCGACAGGCCGAUGCAUGUCAAGAUGGAUGAACGAGCGUUGCCGAAAGGGGAUUUCUUCCCUCCGGAGCGGCCCCAGCAGCUUCCUCAUGGCCUUGGGGGGAUCGGCAUGGGAUUGGGGCCAGGAGGAAUCCCAAUUGAUGCCAACCACCUGAACAAAGGGCUGGGCAUGGGCAACCUCGGCCCUGGAGGAAUGGGCAUUGAAGGCUUGGGCUUCGGAAUGAAUAAAAUGGGAGGGAUGGAGGGCCCUUUCGGCGGAGUGGAGAGCUUGGGCCGUUUUCCUUCCGGAAUGAACAUCGGCAGGAUGAGUGAAAUGGACCGUGCAAUUGGAGGAGGAUUUGAAAGAGAUUUCCCAAGAAACGAAAUGGGAAUGCCCCGUAGUUUUGGAGACACUCUGGACAGAGGAAUAGGGGGUGGCGGCGGCGGCACUGCAAUUCCUGCCAUUGAUAGGAUGGCCCCCGGGCUGGACCGCAUGGCCACCAGCAUUGACAGGCUCCCCACUGGGAUAGGCCACGGGAUCGAGCGCGUGGGCUCCGAGAUGGACCGCAUGGGGCUGGUGCUGGACCGCAUGGGCUCUGGGGUGGAUAGGAUGGGGUCGGGCAUUGACCGGAUGGCUCCCCUGGGUCUAGACCACUUGGCCUCCAGCAUCGACCGGAUGGGCCCCGGGAUGGAUAGAAUGGGUGCUGGCCUGGGCUUCGGCCUGGACCGCAUGGGCUCGACCAUCGACCGCGUGGGCACUGCCAUGGACAGGAUGGGCACCGGGGUAGACAGGAUGGGCCUGGGCCUGGACCGCAUGGUCCCUGCAGGGAUGGGCCCAGUGAUGGAUAGGAUGCCAGCGGGGCUGGACCGCCUUGGGGCGGCCCCCAUGGACAGGAUGGGGCUGGACCGCUUGGCGGCCCCCAGCAUGGACAGGAUGGGGCUAGACCGCAUGGGCGCGGCUGCGACCAGCAUGGACAGGAUGGGGCCUGCCUUGAGCCAGGGCAUGGGAGCAGGAUUAGACAGGAUGGGGCUGGCCAUGGGGAGCAGCUUUGAGAGGACCAUGGACAUGGAGCGUGGCAACUUUGCUGCCGGAAACUUCACUGGCGCCCUGGGAACCGGAGGACCUGUUGCUGCUGCCGCUGCUGCUGCCGCCGCCGCCGGAGUAGCCAGGAAGGCUUGCCAGAUCUUUGUAAGAAAUCUUCCUUUUGACUUUACGUGGAAAAUGCUGAAAGACAAGUUCAAUGAAUGUGGUCAUGUACUGUAUGCAGACAUCAAAAUGGAGAAUGGGAAAUCGAAGGGGUGCGGAGUGGUGCGGUUUGAGUCUCCUGAGGUCGCUGAGCGAGCCUGUCGCAUGAUGAACGGCAUCCAGCUCCGUGGCCGAGAAAUCGAUGUGCGGAUUGACCGAAAUGCUUAAGGCCUAUCUUUUUAAAAUGCUGAGGGGGAGAGAGUGGAUUUGUAAUUCUUUCUUGUUUGUUUGUUUGUUUUUUUAAUUUGGCUGGCUGUAAAGAUGGUGAGACAACUUUGCUGCUUUCUGGAGUAAUUUUAAUUCCCUUUUUAAAAUUGAGGGUGGCUUUUUCCAUUUUGUCCUUUUUUUUUUUUGCAUUGAAACUGUUUAACCUGCACAAUUCUGGUUCUUUGUAGCGAUGCCACCUUGUUGAAUUUAAAUACUCGUUGCACUGUGUCUUGGGUAGUCCUUUUUCCAGGAACUGGUGGCUUUCGAUUCCAGCCCACUCCUCGCUGGUGGAAGAACCUCCCGGAGAAAGCCUUUUGAGGAAAGCUAGUGCUGAUAAUUGUGUAUCUGUUCUCCUCUGGGAAGUAGCUUGUUUGGGAACCUGCAGACUGAAGUGUUUGGAAAUACGUAUGAGUAGAACCUGAUUCCGACCAAAACCGCGUCCUGUAUGAGAUCUGUUGAUAUUAAAAGCGUUUCCUUGUGACUUA